AUCCUGUGACCGCUGCUAGCCUUCUGGAGGCGAAUCAACGCGAGGAGGAAACGAGGCUGGAAGUGGAAAGGCUGACCGCGGAAAUUCGAUCUCUGAAACUGCAGAUUCUGCAGCUGACGGGAGGACCUCCAGGCCACAGCGACACGUCAACCUCCCUGAACGGCACCGAGAUGGGCGACUGUCUGGCAGCGCGUCGACAGGUGGAGUUGGCGGAGAUUACGCAGGGUCUUCCGUUGAACAACGAGUACGAGCUGAUAGCCUUCAGCCACUUCACCUUGUCGAGGCUGUACCCGGUGGACCUGGGCCUGGGAAAGCGAGUGGUAGAGAAGCCGAUAGGGUUCAAGAGGAAGGACCUCCUGGAGGCGCUGACGAAGGCCGUGGAGACCCUCAACAGGAACGGCUCCCAGACGAACAAGUACACCGUGGAGGACUUCCUGGAAGGCUUGUACAGAGUGGAGCCGACCACGGGGACGCAGUACGAGAUGUACUUCCGGACGAAGAACCUGAACAAGAGCUCCCAGGUUACGUCCAACGGGUACACGAAGAUCACCCUGAUGAGGCCCUACGCGCCCAUCCAGUACGUCACCCUGGAGCGGCAGCAAGCCAAGGAGAAGGAGCUGAUCCACAUCAUCCUGCCGCUCUCUGGGAGGACGGGUACCUUCCAGAGCUUCAUGGACAAGUUCGUGAAAAUUGGCCUGAAGAACGACCGCAGGGUGCACCUGACGGUGGUGUACUUCGGCACGGAAGGGCUCUCCGAGGCCAGGGCCAUAAUGUCCAGGGUGCUCAUGACAAGGGGUAGUGGCGGGACUAAUCAGAACCUGAGACUCCUGGCUCUGAACGAGACUUUCUCCAGGGGAAAAGGACUCAGGGUAGGGGCCGAGAGGGCUUGGGGUGGCGAAGGCGACGUUUUGCUCUUCAUGUGCGACGUGGACGUCGUUUUCAGCGCGAGAUUCCUCGACAGGUGUAGAUGGAACACAUCGCCAGGCCGUAAGGUCUAUUAUCCUAUUGUGUUCAGCCUCUACAAUCCACACGUUGUGUACACCCUUCAGGGCCGCGAAGUGCCUCCCGAAACGGACCAAUUGGUCAUAUCCAGGGAUACCGGAUUCUGGAGGGACUUCGGAUAUGGAAUGACCUGCCAGUACAGGUCUGACUUCCUAAGAGUUCGCGGUUUUGACGAAGACAUCGUCGGCUGGGGGGGCGAAGACGUCACUUUGUACAGGAAAUAUGUCAGGAGCAACAUCAAAGUCAUCCGAGCUACCGAUCCUGGCAUCUUUCACAUUUGGCACCCUAAGGUCUGUUCCGGAGGACCAGGCCAAAGAUUGUCGACCGACCAAUACCGUGCGUGCAUUCGUUCGAGAGCCUUGAACGAGGCUUCGCACGCACAAUUAGGUUUCCUGGCCUUUCGGGAGGACAUCGCGAGCCAGGCCUUGAAUACGAAGGCCUUGACGAAAAAGAAGAAGCAGCAGCCUGCACGGAAGGAGAAGAAAAGGCUGACCAAGCAGACGAAGGGCCAACCGCAGGCAAAGGAGAAACCGCUGGCAAGGACCUCCAAGGAUCAGACCUGAUCCCCGAUCGACGGACGCCUCGAGUUCUGAAUGUAAAUACCAUGUAAAGAAAGCCUUCCCUCGAAAGGAGGAAACCUGCGACCUUUAGAAGCUGCUUCAGAGAGAUCGCGACCAGGACCUUUCAAGGAAGGUCCUUAAGAAUCCACAAGGUGGACCCUUCGUGGGAGCUCCUUCGACGUUGGAGCGUCUUCCGAGUCUCGUCGACCUCUCGAAGAUGGAUCUAAAAACCCAGCCUGGUGUCCUGAAAUCUGGAUAUCCUGUCCCUGGAUUUAACCAGGAUCGCUUCCUGAAUCGAUCGACACAGAUCCUAAGUCCAUCUCAUCCGAGUUUCCCUCCUGUGAUCGAAACGGCCACUAAAAGGACUUUCAACUAUUUUUUGUCUCCUCAGGACGCGUUUUAAAGUUCGCAGAAGAGCAUAUUUGUUCCCUUUGUUUCUUCGGCGAGAUUUGAUGAUUUGAUAAUGUUUUUUGUUUUCUUUUUAAUGUUUCAAAAUAGGUGGAAAUACGGCCGACGAGACUCCAACUCCGGAAGACGCGAAGACGAUUUGUAUGUCGAAUUUCUAUCGGUUAGACUCCUCGAUCACGGCGAAGACACGAUUUAUAUAAAUCUAUACAUAGCUAUGUUUAAAGUAACGAAUAACGCCGGCGCGUGAUCGACGACGGAUCGACUCUGGAGAUAUCUUCCGAUCGACUAGCGAUUAUCGGGUCCGUUUUAGGAAAAUCGUCGCGCUCCAUCUCAGUCAUACGUCCGUGGUGUUACAGUAAAUCGCGCGUGUACAUAUAUAGGUAUAUCAGGUUCAUUAAGAAGGAAAGUAAUAAAAAUGAGAGUAGGGUGAAAAAAGAGGGAGCGACCGAGAAAUCGGGGGAAGGAUCCCGAAGCGGGCGAUUAGGGGCGGAAAGAUGCGGAGGCAAGACUUAUCGAAAGAAAAGGACGAAGAGGGGAGUAAUAAAGGGGACUCUCUUAACGACUGUCUCUCUAAUGAGCCUCGUUUCGCUUUUCCAACAAAUUUACAGUUAACGGAAAGAUUUAAUUCGCCGGCGAGUUUAUUGUCGCAGCCUCCCCGAGUCGCGUUUUCCGCCAGGUUUCUUUUUUUCCUCCGAGCCUCCUCGUUUUCAUAGGGAGAUUCGCGUGCUUUUGUAAACAUUUUCCAUCUCACUUCCCGGAUGGAAAAGCGCUCUCCGCGGAGAGCAUACGCGAAAGAACCGGAAAAGGUACAUCGUACAUCCAGACGACAAAUGCAUCGCACCGAUCUCGUGCUUCUUCUCAUCCUCCGCUGAUGCACUCGGUGCAUCUUCGCGAAAUUACAUUGCAUUACCCGGCAAAAAAGUGUUUCAAAAUGCAUUGCAUAAAUUACCGUGACUGCCGUCUGAGGCCCUUCUGCAUGGUAAACAUUUUACGGCCAAGUGUACAGCACCGAGCAGUAAAAGUUGGAGCGGGAUGUCAAAAUAAAAAUUUCGUUUUGUCUGGUUUGAAACUUUUGUCCGGAGGGAAUAAAAAUCCAUCCCUUAUAAAUAUUGACGAAACCCUCUGAAAUUCUGCGACAAUUUUAAUACUGAUCCGCGUACACGUGAAGCGUAUGCCAAUUAAAAAUACAUUGCGUAUGCCUUGUUAAUUUAUCUUUACAAAUACGGUGAUACGUAUUUAGCUUUUUCGAGGGAGACGCGAGAGAGGUGUGACGUAGAAUUUCCCUCUUCGAUAAAAAUUCUUCAAAUUAAAAAAAAUAUGCGGAUCUGUAGGGUGCAUUCGGCGCUCCGAGUCUUCUCGAGUAAAGUGCACUUCGCCCAAUCCGCCCUCGACGUUCAUCGUAAUUAAUCCCCGGGAAUUUCUAAUUGAAUUAAACUUUGCCGAACGACGUCGCGAAGAAAUUAUCGUCCAUUAUCGGUCGGAUAAUGUAACUCCGACAAAUCGCGUGGCGAGUUUACGGUAAUGCGCGUAUCGAGCCUCGUCCAUUUCGGAAAAGACGGAAUAGAACGUAUACAUGCACCGCGAAAUAAAUGUCUUCCAAUUUAAUCGAGUGCGACGUGAAAGAAUGCCGGAGGAAAGGUAAAAGCAAAAAUAAGGACGGAAAUCUCCGCUCGAGGGAGAAAAAUCCGCGAAAUUCGAUUUCAUUAAGGGGCUUGCGCGCGGUCGGUAGGAUUGGCUAAUAAUUGAAUAACCCUCGGUAAUUAUGAGAUUAAGGGAGGGCCCGGAAACCCAGAGGAUAUCCGGUCUAGUCAAUAUCGGCGACGGAGAAAUGGACCAUCUUUUAUAAAAAGGUCCAUUAGCCGAAGAUCGAUCCGAGGUCCGACUCCAUUCGGGAGGGAACACUAUCGUUACGCGAUUAACGAGCAAAUGGAUGAGAAGAGAGCAAUAAAUUGAUGAUAUAAUUCGAUUUGAUCGCCGGAUUGCGGCCAUCCCGGCCCGGGAAGACUUUCGGAGUGAUUAAUGGUACCUCCACCCCGUCGAAACUCUUUUUAACCCCCGAUUUUCCCCUCUUUCCGCCCUUUUCGCAUCAUCGACUCGUCCUGGCGAGCGCGCCGGAGGAAGGCUGUAUAGAGAACCAGGGAGGAACAUGUAAACAAAGUA